AUGAGUGUCCCGACGACUUCAGAUCAUGAUACGACUGCUUCCAUGCAAACCGAGAAACUCCAGUCGGACACGGAGCCUGAACAUGCCAGCUCUAGUACUCAACAACAAUCGACAACAUAUGCUUCAGGCGUACCACUUAUCCUGAUUUCCUUGGGUCUGGUGCUCGCAGUAUUUUGCCUUGGUCUUGACCGAUCCAUCAUUACCACGGCGAUUCCGAAAAUCACAAACGACUUCAAUUCCCUCGAAGAUGUAGCCUGGUAUGGCUCGGCCUACCUACUAACAACGUGCUGCUUCCAGCUCAUGUUUGGCAAACUGUACGUCGAGUUCAAGGUCAAUUGGGUCUUCCUGGUUGCCCUGGCCCUUUUCGAGAUUGGCUCCUUGGUCUGUGGCUGCGCUCCGAAUUCUGUUGCCCUCAUCAUCGGUCGAGCGAUUCAGGGUAUUGGCUGUGCCGGCGUCAUGACCGGUGCGCUCACCAUCAUCGCCCAGAGUGUACCAUUGCACGUUCGACCAAUGUAUACUGGUGUCAUUGGCGCAACUAGUGGUAUUGCACAAAUCAUUGCUCCGACACUCGGUGGAGUUCUGACUGACCGAGCCACUUGGCGGUGGUGUUUCUGGAUCAACCUGCCGCUCGGCGCGGUCACUGCCGUGGUGGUCCUAUUCUUUGUCCGUCUCCCACCGCAAAAGAAGCAAGAGGACCACACUGGAAUCUUCAAGAAACUCGACCUCGAAGGUACCGCCAUCUUUAUGCCUUGCAUCAUCUGUCUCCUACUGGCAUUGGAAUGGGGUGGCUUGACGUAUGCCUGGAGCAACUGGCGCAUCAUCCUGUGUCUUUGCUUGUUCGUCGUCCUAUUCCUGGUUUGGCUCUAUGUCCAAUAUGUCAAAGGUGACCGCGGCACCCUCCCCCUUCGCAUCGUGACACAGCGAUCGGUUGCCAGCGGCAUGGUGUACGUUCUUGGUGCCUCGGGCGCGCUCUUUGUCAUCACGUAUUACGUUCCCAUCUGGUUCCAAUCGGUCAAGGGGGCAUCGGCGGAAAAAUCUGGCAUCAACUUUCUCGCAGCAUCGGGAGCCAUGACAGUUGGCGCUGUACUCAGCGGAGCUUUGACGUCUGGAAUCGGAUACUAUGUGCCCCAAAUGUUUGGCAGCUCCAUCAUAAUGUCAAUUGCCGCUGGGCUGAUUUAUCGUUACAAUCUCGAUACAACGACUGCUUAUUGGGCUGGAACGCUGGUGAUGUUUGGCUUUGGAACCGGCAUGGGUUUACAAAUGCCUUUGACUGCUGUGCAAACUGUUCUAAAGGGCAGCGACAUUGCCAUUGGCACCUCUGUCGUGGUUCUAGCUCAGACCUUGAGCGGAACCGUAUUCUUGGCCGUUGGGCAGAACUUGUUCCAGACAAACUUGGUCAGCGCUCUGGUUGCUGAUGCUUCGGACGUUGAUCCGGCUGCUGUCCUUGCCAAUGGCGUGUCUGAUCUUUCUUCGUUUAUCACGAAAACGUACGGAUCAGCUGCCAUCAAUGGUGUUUUGAAAGCUUACAAUGCAGCUCUGAGGCAGUCCUUUAUCGUUUGCAUUGCUCUGUCAUGCUUCAUGAUAAUCGGGGCUUCAUUCAUGGAGUGGAAAAGUGUGAAGAAGGAGAGCAUGAAGGACCAGCAGCAGGACUCGCCCUUGGCUAGAAUAUCUUCGGUAGUAUAA